UAAACACGACUGUCUUUCCAGAGUAUAGAAUCCUGGCACAAAAAAGCCAACAUGGAUAUAUCACUAAGUGAUGAUGAGUAUGAACAUCUCUUCCCACAAACUUCGGAGAUGUCCAGUAAUUCAAGGGUCUACUCUGUCAGCACAAGUACACCAUUUCCCGAUCAUAAAAUAUCAGUGUUUUCAUCAACAACUGAUAGUGGCUAUGCCUCGACACCUUCUCAAGACUUCAGUCUUGAAAGCAUUGACAAGAACAGAUCUAGUGCCACGAAGAUAUCAGAUGUUCCCAAGCUGCAACUUGGACAUGAAGAAGAUACGGAACAAAACACCUCACGGAUUGAUUGCUUUCCUGGCACUCCUGAUAGUGCUCUUGGAAGAUCCAAAAAUGCCACACAGCACUCUCAACCAGAAGAGAUUACUGAGCAGUGUACUACUGAAUAUGGUUUCAGUUGCCAACAUUUGGAACCAAAUUGGAAGAACCUAGCUUUAAAGACUAGCCAUAGAACUAUAUUGACUAGACAAGAGGUUGAUCCAGUAUUGGUAAAGCAGGCACAAUCAGAGAUGGUUCGUCGAGGAUUCGUUCCAAAUAGGAAACCAAUUGGAGCAAAAAUGGGGCUUGAUUCCAUAGAUUUCAUUACAGAAUUAGGCUCAAAAGACCUCUACCCUGCAGUUAAGUCUAUUCUCAGUAUGCUGAGUUCUCCAGACCUGUGCAGAGCCUCGUGUGUAAAUAAGACGUGGUGUAGGAUAAUCAAAGAGAACAAGCAUGCAAACGAUACUCGUAUGGCGUUUUUAAAAAAAAGAAGAAAGAAGGUUACAUCUGCUGAAAAGGAAAAUUCGCCCACUAAGCAUGAUGAUACAGCUGCGCGUGCCCUUACUGCCAGCAACGGUGCUUUCCAAGAAGUGCAGCAAGUUGGUUUACUCAGUCCAACAAAACGUAAGCAGGCCGCUCUGCCAAUCAUUCCGGCAGCAGUGAGCAGACACCUGAGUUUUAAAAAGGAAGGAGAAGCAUUGACCAAUGAGCAAGAACUGAAGCCCUGCCCGAGGUGUAAUUCUCCUUCUGCAGUAGUUAAAGUAAUGGAAAAAGGAUCGUGUACAAAUAUUACUUGCAUGUUCGUUUUCUGUACUAAAUGUAGGUUAGAAUUCCACAGUUCAAAAGCAUGUGCAGUCGGUCGGUAUAAAAAUCCAUCAAGUUCUGUAUGUAGUCGAAAAAGCAAAAAGAACCUAAAGCGUUUGUGACAAUUUACGACUAUCUGACUACGCAGUAUCUGCAACAUGAAUGUGCCAACAAAUAAUAAAUAUUUUAUUAGUUUUCUGUGUAGUUGAGAUGUUAGCAUAAUAUACUCUUGUGAAUCAAUUUCACAGCUCUGUCGGCAUGAGCUCUGUUUUAUCAUGGUUUUAUAAAUUGUCAAUUAGAUACAUUGUAAUACACUUUCUUACGUAGUAAUUUAUAUAGAUGGGCUGACCAUAGUGAACACAUAUAUGUUAGUGUGGCAGAUAUUUAUGGAACAAUGAAGCUAUGAUUUAGCAAUGGGUAAGUAGGAUAGCGUAAGUUAAUUUCAAAUCACGUAGGCUCAUAAUUUUGAUGGUGAUGAUGGCCCGUAAGCCAACGAUUUCAACGGCCGUUGUACAUUUUUAUAGACAGAAAUAUAAUGUCAACUCAUGAGUCAUGACAUGUCCCUUUGUUUUUGAAAGAUUAACAUAUUAUAUUGUACAGUUUUGGUGGGAGGGUGGGAAUUAUCGCAUUCUCACUUAUCACAGUUUACAAUUAUCAACAUUACCACACAUGACGAAUAAAACUGUUUUUUAGAUUUUGAGAAAUUAAGUUCAAUAUAAUGGUGUUUGUUUUGCAUGGUUGUGACAAUGAUGAUAAUUGUGGGCAGUGUCUCAGGGCAUCUCAGACAAGUCAAGUUAACCCAUAGCACAGUGUGGUUUUUUAAUUAAUUUUUCAUAAAACUUAUGUUGAUUAAAAUUGUUGUCGAAGCAGAGUAAAUUAUAAUUAAUUAAUCUCAAUUUUUCCAAUUCAAACUUAUAGCGCACUUUAGAGACAUUGAUGUUGUAUUUUCACCAAUAACUAAACAUUUUAGUUUUACUAAAUUACUAACUGCACUGUAGAUAUAUAUCAGGAGUAGAUAAUAGAGACUAUUAUCUACUCCUGAUAUAUAUAUAUGCAGCCACAAUUGAAACGCAUUUCUUAUCAUGCAGUUGCAGUAACUAAUUAUUGUUUUGAGCGUAUUGGCGUUGUUAAGGGUGUGUGGCACUGCCGACGGAUUUUAUGUUUUGUAUUAUAUAUUUCUGUAUGACAUGAAAUUAUAUGUGUACAUUGAAGGAUAUCAGUUGCAUGUGUAAAUGGGAUAAUUAAAAUAAAGUUUGUUUACGCCGUAAAUC